UUUGAUAAAAGUUUCUGAAUUUGGGAGAGUGAGUUAGGCAGGGAGAAUAAGAUAUCACUUAAAGGCUUCAGCUUCCAGGCUGCCUGUGGAGCAUGUCUUCGAAGAACAGAAAACCAUCCAAGCAGAGCUCCGACCGGGGUUCGUCCCCACCCUCCAUGGCUCGCUCUCUGGCCUCGGCUGCUUGUCCCGAAGCUGGCUUCGCGGCAGCGACUGGGACCCUGGUGGUGAUCAACCUAGAAAAGGAUGACAAAGUUCCUAAAAAGUUCCAGAAUUCCCUUGUUCAACUCGGACUUGGCACUAUGAAGUCUGCAAAUAUAAGUAUUGGUGGAAGAGUGCUGCUUACCAGUUUACAUGGAAAACAAGAUGACAAAAAUGUGGAUAUUAAUGAAGAACAAUUGGCUGAUUGUCUUCUGAGAAAACUAGAUGGCAAGAUUGUUGUACCAGGCAACUUUCUAUACAUUACAUUCUAUCUACGACCAUGCAUGUUGAAAGUGUUGCGAGUGAAAGGUGCAGAUGGCAUGAUACUGAGAAGGCUUCAGAGCGACUCUGAUACUGAUGCUCAGGGAAUGUCCUCAAAACGGUCCAGCAUAGGCGCCAGUAGCCUUGAUAUGUCCUUACAGUUAAGCCAGUUGGAUCUGGAAGAGCCUCGGGUCCCACCACCAAGCAGUACUCCCUGCAAACCAGUAGAUGACAGAAAGAUAAAUAAAACUGGUGGCAGUUUGUCAAAUGUCACACAGAGUCCUGGUGGCAGCAGUGGGCUUGGGCCAGAGGAAGUUACAGGUCUUGAAUGUAGCUUUGCGUCUGCCAGAGGAGGAAAUGAGUACCUUAUCAAUGAAGAGAGAUUCCUAAAGCCAGCCAAUCUGGGAGCAAAGUGCAACACUGAUACUUUCUACUUCACUUCUUCAACAACGAGAGUUAAUUUUACAAAUAUUGGUACAAAUUCAAAAGAGCAAGACAACCAGUUCAAAGUAACUUACGACAUGAUAGGAGGCUUAAAUGGUCAGCUGAAAGCAAUUAGAGAAAUAAUUGAACAUCCUCUCAAGCAGCUUGAACCAUCCAAGAGUUACGGAAUUCCUCCCUCUACAGGAGUGUUACCGUAUGGCCCUCCAGGUACUGGAAAGACAGUGAUUGCCAGGGCUAUUGCUAAUGAAGUUGGAGCCUAUGUCUCUGUAAUAAAUGGUCCUGAAAUUAUAAGAAAAUUCUAUGGGGAAACUGAAGCAAGGUUACAUCAGACAUUUGCUGAAGCCACUCUGCGGCGUCCAUCAAUUAUUUUUAUUGAUGAACUGGGUGCACUCUGCCCAAAAGAAGGGGCUCAGAAUGAAGUGGAAAAAAGAGUUGUAGCUUCACUGCUAACACUGAUGGAUGGUAUUGGUUCAGUGGGAAGUGAAGGACAGGUAUUAGUUAUUGGGGCCACAAAUUGUCCUCAUGCUUUGGAUGCUGCACUCUGCCGAUGACGAUUUGGUAAAGAGAUUGAGAUUGGAGUUCCUAAUGCUCAGGACCGGCUAGAUAUACUUCGGAAACUGCUUCGAAAGGCACCGCAUGUACUCACGGAAGCCGAGCUGCUACAGUUAGCAAACAAUGCACACGGAUACGUUGGAGCAGACUUGAAAGCCUUGUGUUGUGAAUCAGGUCUCAGUGCCUUCCGGAGAGUCCUGAAGAAACAGCCUAACCUCCCUGACCGCAAGGUGGCUGUGUUGGUGAAGAUUACUCUGAAUGAUUUCUUGCAGGGAAUGAAUGACCUCAGGCCCAGUGCCACGAGGGAGGUUGCAGUUGAUGUCCCAAGUGUAUCAUGGUCAGAUAGAGGAGGACCGGAAAAUAUCAAACUGAAAUUGAAACAGGCUCUGGAAUGGCCCUUGAAACAUCCGGAGUCUUUCACCCAAAUGGGUAUUCAGCCGCGUAAAGGAGAUCUUCUGUACGGGCCACCUGGUUGCUCUAAAACGAUGAUUGCAAAGGCUUUGGCCUAUGAAAGUGGACUGAAUUUUCUAGCAAUAAAGGGGCCUGAAUUAAUGAAUAAAUAUGUUGGUGAAUCUGAAAGAGCUGUUAGAGAGAUCUUCCGCAAAGCGAGAGCGGUGGCUCCUUCCAUUAUUUUCUUUGAUGAACUGGAUGCCUUAGCAGUUGAAAGGGGCAGUUCUUCAGGUGCUGGGAAUGCAGCUGACCGUGUUUUGGCUCAGCUCCUUACGGAAAUGGAUGGCAUUGAACAGUUAAAGGAUGGGACUGUUUUGGCAGCUACUAACGGCCCAGAUAGGGUAGACAAGGCUUUGAUGCGUCCUGGAAGAAUCGAUAGAAUCAUCUAUGUGCCGUUACCAGAUGCAGCAACAAGGAAGGAAAUAUUUAACCUGCAGUUUCACUUGAUGCCAAUCAGUCAGGAUGUUGAUCUGAAUGAACUCAUCUUCCAAACGGACACAUAUUCUGGAGCAGAGGUCAUUGCCGUCUGUGAAGAGGCCACCCUUCUGGCACUAGGAGAAGACAUUGAAGCCAAAUGCAUCAGGAAAAAACAUUUCACUCAAGCCUUGAGCACUGUGACACCCAGAAUUCCCGAGUCACUGAGACGUUUCUAUGAAGAUUAUCAAGACAAGAAUGGGCCCUAACCGGUUUGGCUCAGUG